AAAAUGGCUCCCUCUGCCAAGCUUUUCGCUGCGCUUCUCUUCGUCUCUUUUCUUUCCAAAGAAAAUUCUCAGUGUUUUUUGAGCAACAUAACAAUCCGCCAAAGUAUGACUGGAUUUCAAAUUCAUGGAAUGACAGAAUGGAACACGACAGUAAGUAACAACUGUUUGUGUUCUCAAUCAGAAGUGAAACUUGAUUGCAGAGGAUUUCAAACUACAAAAAGCAUCGAUCCUUUGAUAUUAGCCAUUACCGACACUGAAUGCUUAGUCAACAAUGGACUCCCAAUCUUCAACUCAACCCCUAUCACCUUCACUUAUGCACAAAACCCUCAAUUCAACUUCAAACCAAUCUCUUCUCAAAUCGCUUGUUCUUAAAUCCUUUUAUCUUUAAUGGCUACUAACUCAGUCUUGUUGUUCACGUCUUAUCAUUUAAA